CCUAUUGAAGUGGAUUGACUGAAGUGGCAUUGUCGGUGUAAGGGGAAGUCAUGCUGAUUGUAUGCUGAUCACAGAAUCUGCGCAGGAACUGCAAGAGCGCAACCCCCUCAAAGACAACCUACAACGGCGUCUCGGCGACUGGAAGCCAUGUAGCUCACAACAGCGAAGCUCAGCUGGCUAACAUGGAGCGCCCCGAAGCGCCAUUUACAUUGGCUUAUGUUGUGUUUGUGUUCUGCUUUGUCUUCACGCCUAAUGAGUUUCGAUCAGCUGGGGUCACCGUGCAGAAUCUGUUUUCAGGAUGGCUAGGAAGUGAAGAUGUUGGUUUCGUUCAAUAUCACAUCAGAAGAACUAGCAUUACUCUUCUUGUUCAUUCCUUAUUACCUUUGGGUUAUUAUUUAGGAAUGUGUAUCGCUGCUCCGGAUAAGAAUCUGUGGUAUGUCCAUUCGGCGAGCGAAGGCUGGCAGCUCUACUUCGCCGUGUCGGUUGCUCUUCCACUCCUUAGCUGGGCGGUCGUGUUGCACUGGUCGCGAAUUAAAUGGGGAAAUCACCCCAUAUCCAAAAACUUGGCCGCGCACGCCCUGCCCCAGUCCGGCUGGAGGGCAGUGGCGUCCUCCAUCAACACGGAGUUUCGUCGUAUUGACAAGUUCGCCACGGGGGCUCCCGGCGCGCGCGUGAUCGUCACGGACACAUGGGUGAUGAAAGUCACCACCUAUUACGUGCACGUAGCGCAGCAGCAGGACAUCCACCUGACCGUUGUGAACUCCAAGCAGCACGAGCUGUCGCCGGACUUCAACACGCCUGUGCAGAUUCUCACCAUCUCCGUGGCUAGUAUCAACCCCAGUGUCAAGCCUUUUGACAUAAGGUUGAAUUCCACGGAGUAUGGGGAGCUUCGGGAGAAACUGCAUGCUCCAAUCCGCAAUGCUGCUAAUGUCGUCAUCCACCAGACGCUGAGCGACCUCUUCCUGGAGACAUUCAAAUCCUAUGUGGAGGCGAAUGAGGUUUACCCGCUUCCCAGUGAACAGGUGCUGGAGCCCUGUAUUGGCUGCAUGCAGGUGAACGCCAACACAAAGCUGCUGCGGCUGUGCCAGGAGGAGGGUGAGGGGGAGUGCCAACAGUGUUACUGCCGGCCCAUGUGGUGCCUCACCUGCCUGGGCAAGUGGUUUGCCAGCCGGCAGGACCAGCAGCGGCCUGAGACCUGGCUGUCGAGCCGUGUGCCCUGCCCCACCUGCCGGGCCAAGUUCUGCAUCCUGGACGUGUGCAUUGUGCGCUGAGGGCUCCUCACACUGCCAACUGUAGACUGUCACACAUGCGGCAGAGCCAGGGGCCACCUGUCCUCCUCUCUCCCACUAGCUGUCACCAGUUGGACCCCUGUAGCAUCAAUCAUUUACCUUACAGUUAUCAUUUAAACGUGCAUAUCCAGUUGAAACACGAAAUGAAGUCCACUGUGAGAAUCAUCAAGCUUUGGAAAAUUUGGGUUAUGAGCCCUGCCCCUUACUGCUACAUCACGCUGCUGCCCUAGUAUCUCUUAUCACUCCCUCACUGCAAGGCUGGUUAUUGGUAUCAGAUCUUUGCCUGCUAUUACCUCUUGUUUUCUGCCUGUUUUGAGUCAUGCCACAGUGGUGACCUUGUCCCAGCUGAUAUCUGGUGUUGUGUCUCUGCUCCUCUGAGAUGUCAUUUGUCCACUCCCUUUGGUGUUUGAUGUUCCAAUGCACUUUUAUUUGGAAGUGAGUAAUGACAUGCAAGUUAUUGGUUCAAAGUUUACCUGGAGCAUGAGGACUGAAAUCUGGGGUGCCUCUCAUAGGCAAUUCUCCAUUAAUUUAAAAACAAAUAACGAAUGAUUUAAAUAACCAAAUGUAUGAAAGUCAUAGAAUUAUUACCAUUGGGUAUGUGAAGAUUUGGAAAUGUGUGCUUUCUGUUGUUUGUUGUCUGUUGUGUGCUUUCUGUUGUUUCUUGGAGUUUGUUGUGGUUUCUUGGGAGAUUUAAGGAAAUAGUUGUUGGUAUUAAAAAUACUUGGGAUUCUUUAUUGUAAGGUGAAAGGGGCUCUUCUAUGGGAAGAAUAAACAGGGAAUUCAUUUGGCACGAUAAUCCAAGCAUUUAUAAAUUGACUUCAUAAAAGCUGUUUACACAGUGUGUCCAACCAAACACCUUCGCUGAGUUCCAUACUGUUGUACUUCUCCAGUUGUUCCACAGAACAUGAGAAAUUUCAAACUGGUCUGAUAGAUAAAGGAAAAAUAACAGAAUGGGGGAUGAGGCUACUACCUUGGGUGUGCAUAGAUGUAAUGAUUACUACAGAUUAUUGUAUAUAGUAUUGUCAUUGGAGUAAAUGAAGCAGAAAACUCCUUCAGAGUCUGGUGAGUGCUGGUCCUCCUGGGCAGAUGUUGGCUGGAAAUGUGAUGGAAAAAGCCCACAGAUGAAUGAAUGCAGUCUUUAGGUCAGAGGAAAUUAAUUCAGUACAUGGGUUGCUGUUUCCAGCUUUUCUUCUGAUCUGAAAUGAAAGAGGACUUGGAGCCUUAGCAGCCAUCAUACUCAGUCCUUUUACCAGGAUUGGUAAAUUCUCUACCUGCAGUGGCUUGUUUUUCCCUGUUGAAUUGUACUGUUAGAACUGUACUUUGGCGUGGUCCUUUGUGUAGGAGAGCUGUUGAUUAUUUUCAUAACCAAUGAACAACAGGUAUAACUGAAGCGAAGGAGAGGUGAUGGACAACUGCCUGUAGUUUUUCAUAUCAUAUUUCUUUUAUCAUUUAUCAUAUUUCUUUAUAAAGGGAUACAGCUAUUGUUAUGCAGGACAGUCCUGUGUAUACUAGACUCACUAUAAAGAAAUGGAUGAUCUGUAGGCAUGAAGAAUGUUAUGGAGUGUUGUUUUUGAAAUAUACUUAGCUCUCAAGCCAAGCAGAUAUAGAUUGGUCAGUUAUGAUGUACCCUGACCAAGCAUAGAGGUAUUUGAUGCAGAUUGCUAAACUGCCUGUUUUUCUAAAAUGAUAAAAGAAUCAAAUGAAAGCUCUGUUUUACAUGUACACAGCCUGUCCCUUUGAGGAUACACACAAUUAUUGUGACCUUUUAUGAAAGCAGGCACUGUUUGUCAGAUUGUCAGUCUUUAUUAAAGUUUAAAGUCUUAAUUAAAGCAAGUGUCAUCUGUGUUAUAUUAUGUCAUUGGGAGAAGUAGUCACCUCUAGGUGGCACAAGAGACACAACAUCACUAACCAUUGGGUGUUCUCCAGUUGGUUCAUUAAUAAUGGUUCUUUCCAUUGAUAGUGACUUCUGCAGGCAGUUACUCUCAUGCUGAGCUACUCUUCCAUCUUCAUUUAAAAAUAGUUAAUACUGUGAUUGUGGAGAUGCAGAAUCACUCCUGCUCAAGGUGACCUCGAAUCUAAAGCAUAGUCGGACCCUUGAUCGGAGGCUGAGGUGAUGUGUAUUAAACGACUCCCAAAAGUAAAGGCUCAAACCUGGGACGUGUGCUAUGCUAAAAUGAACGUUUCAGUCUGUAGGGGUGUAGCUUUUAGAUCAGUAUGUGGUGUUUCCUGCAAAACGUGCAUUCAGCUAAUGUCUAAUUCAUA